GAACCAAAAAGAAGGACCAUUCAGCAAUAAAAUAUAUGAAGAAAAGGUCAGUAGUUAUUGAAGUAUUUGAGUUUUUUUUUUUUUAGUAGUUCAAAGUCUAGAUACGAAGUUAAAAGCUUCGGUAGACCAUGGGCAUGGUCAACAUCAUCAUCUUUUUUUCCCUGUAGAAUUGUGUCUUAGGAUUGCAGCCUCCCCCUUUACACGCACACACACACAAAAUAAUAACAAAAAACAUCAACCCUAAUUGAAGGUAUUCUCUAUGUAUUGUUUGCUUUUAUUUCUUUUCAUACAUUUUAAUACAUCUCCACACCCAUAAAAUAAUAAAGUCUCCUAACAUUUACCCUUUCUCCAAGGAUGUGACCAUGGAACUCGGAGAAGAGGCGGACGAGGAGUACAUAAUUGAAACAGAAUUAGUCGAUAAUGAGGUGAGUCUUUCAGUGCUGGGAGUGUGGGUCCUUCAGUGCUGGGAGUGUUGGUCCUUCAGUGCUGGGAGUGUGGGUCCUUCAGCGCUGGGAGUGUGGGUCCUUCAGCGCUGGGAGUGUGAGUCCUUCAGUGCUGGGAGUGUGGGUCCUUUAGUGCUGGGAGUGUGGGUCCUUCAGUGCUGGGAGUGUGGGUCCUUCAGUGCUGGGAGUGUGGGUCCUUCAGUGCUGGGAGUGUGGGUCCUUCAGUGCUGGGAGUGUGGGUCCUUCAGUGCUGGGAGUGUGGGUCCUUCAGUGCUGGGAGUGUGGGUCCUUCAGUGCUGGGAGUGUGGGUCCUUCAGUGCUGGGAGUGUGGGUACUUCAGUGCUGGGAGUGUGGGUCCUUCAGUGCUGGGAGUGUGGGUCCUUCAGUACUGGGAGUGUGAGUUCCUUCAGUGCUGGGAGUGUGGGUCCUUCAGUACUGUGAGUGUGGGGCUGAGAUGGACAUUAGACCAGCUGCACACAAAUAUGCCAUGAGGACUUGAACGUUUUGAAGAACAGCUUUUACAAAAGGGGAAAUCAGCAUCAAUCCCUCAUUGUCUUGGCUGUAGCUUUUUGUUUUCCGGAUGAUUUUAUAGAACAUGAAAGUAAAUGUAAAGAUUCAAUUCAAAUAUGGUCUUUGAAAUAUGUUUUACCCUAAUAAUUUUUUAAUUUUGUCAUAUUAUAUGGUGGUGCUGGUAAAGAUGUAACAUAUAUGUAACAAUCAAAUAGAAAUUAUUGUUUGUCUAGUCUGAAAAGGUUUUUUUAAAUUUGCAAAAAAAUAUAUUUGAAAUAAAAUUGGACAUGAAGCAAUAUUUAGAGGAACUUAAAAUUUCUAUUAUUUAAAAUAAUUUUCCAAGAAAUCACAGUUUUCAUCAAUGUACAAUAACCAAUUCUGUCGAUAGCACAUAUAUAACUUUCUUAUUCAACUUCCUUAGCAUCUCGACAUAGGUCCUUUCAAGAAUGAUCAUUCCAAAGAAGUACCUAUCAAUGGAGAGAUCUACUCGGAGCCCUAUCUCUACAGCACGGUAAACGAGGCUACGAAGCUGAGGAAUUCCAAGAAGAGCAAUGGCCGACCGCCGUCUGGCAACACGCAGCUACUGGUCACUGCUAACAUGGAGAUGGUGGAGCACAAUGGGGACGCACAGCAUGAAGAAGAUGUUACAAUUGGAAAUUUUGAUGAUGUCCUUGUGCAUCUGUGAGAACGUUUAUAAUGAUGUAUUAUUUAUAACAAAGCCUUAGACAGUAAAAUUAAAAGGGUUGUUUUAGUUAUAUCUUUAUCAUUUAGUUGACUGAAAUUAUUAAUAGAGAAUUUACUUGAACUAUAUGUAAUUAAAACCAAGAAAGGGAUAGAGAGUAUCUGAGAAUCAACAAAGCGCAGGGAAAUCUUUUUGUCAAUCCUUGAAAUCAUUUUAGAUACACAGACUUUGAGACUUGGAUGCUAGGCAACAUAUAUCAGGGAAAUUCCUUCGAUGGCCCCACUAAUGUGAAUUUUGUCAUGCCCUACCAAAAAAAAAAAAUCCCUCUUAAACAAUUAAUUAUAGUUAAAUCACUGCUUACAAAGAAUUUUAUUUUUUUAAACUUCAAGGAAAGUAGUUCAGUUUAAUAAAUCAUAUGGGGGGAGACUGCAAAUAGUUUUAAUAUGAGAAAUAACUAAAUAAGGAACUCACAAAAAUGAGAGAAACUUUAAAAAAUAUAUUAGGCCUAUAUGACUGCACAAUGUAUUCAGGAGUUAUUCUAGUUUUAAAUAAUCCAUCAAUAGUUUAAAAUUCUAAGGCAGUUAUUUGUGUGUACAGCUCUCAUUUAAAUAUUGAUACAUUUCUGAAAUAAACCAAAUUUUUUUUUUUUUUAAAGAAUAUUUCUUUUAAAGACUGGGGAUUACAUAAGAUAUGUUGAAUUUUCUUAUAUAUAAAACAUGUGUAAUAUUAGUGAGGCUAUAAAUGAGAGAUUUAGAAAUUUAAAAAAAAAAGAAGAAAAAGAACAUGGAAUGAGCUGUAUAAUCUAGGUCAAAUUAAAUUUAUAUAUAAAAAUAGAAAUCGAAAAAAAAAUACGAGCAUCUGAGUCGACACCAGGGAAAUUAAAAUUUAUCUGCUAAAUUGAAUUGAUCUUAAAAUAAACCAUCUAAUUCCAAUAAUUGAUGACUUUGCAUUCAGAUCAAAUUAUUUUUAUCACAUACAAAAAAGGUCUGAUGGCAAUAGUUAACUAAACAUAUUUUUAAGAGAAAGCAAAUUGCAGGAUUUUAUUUUAAUUUUAAUAUAGAAGAAGAAGAUGUUCAUAUAGGUUAUUUUAGCUAUUCCAAAUUUAAAUGCCUGUUAAGUUAUAAUCAAGAAAUCAGUACUUUGUUAAUUUUCUGUUAGAUAUAAAUUAAAUAAUUCACUGGAUACAAAUAAUGAAUAUUUAAAUGUGCCUUUAUUUAAAAAAAAAAUUAAAAUGAGCAUGAUGCAUUUAUUAAUUUCAUUUGAAGCAAAAUAAUUUAAUUAAAAAGAUGCACACAAAUUAAAAAAAAAAUUAAAUGGAUAAAAUAUUUUAUGUAAAUUUACAAGUAAUUCAAAUAAAAAUUAAUCUUUAAAAAAAAAUCAUAAAUAAAGCAUUAAAACAAAUGAAGCAUUUUAACUAUUUACAUGAAUUAGAAAUUAUUUUGUUCAAUUUUUUUACAUGAAUUAGAAAUUAUUUUGUUCAAUUUUUUUUUUUAGAGAAAACAUUUCCUGAUAUUUCCACAGUUAUUCAGUUUCUUAUCUAAAUCUGCUAAAAAAUCUUUAUGAUCCAUUUUUUUCGCCCAAGUCGCUAUCAAGUUUAGCUUCUCUUCGACAAACUUCAAUUUUUUUGGCCAUCACGACUUAGAUAAAUUAAUAAUACCCUAUUUAAUAUGAUUAUUCUCUUGUCAGCAAACAUUUAAUGAUUGCUUCUAGUUGAUAAAAAAUAACUAAAUAUUAAUAUUCCUAAACUAUUUUUAUUACUUAAAGGAAAAGAUUCAUUAAGUGUUUGUACUGAUACAAAACUAACAUUAAAAUAAAUUUUAAUGAGUAUAUUUAUUUCAUUAAUCCAAUACUGACCCUUAUUUCAUGAUAUUGCCUUACUGAUUUUAACUAUGUAAAUAACUCAAAUCAGCAGGAAUGGUUCAACAUUUUAUAUAGAAGAAAAUAUGUUUCAUUGUUGAUAUAAAAUGUCACGUGUAAAAAAAAAAAACGAGUAUCAAUAUACAUUUAAAGAUAAUUUAAGCUAAAUUCUUGAUUAGUCCAUUCUAUGUUUUGGUUUUAAAUAAUUAAGCUUAUCAUAGAAACAGAUAUAAUCUGAGUGUGUUCUUGAAUUGAUAUAAUCUACUGCCUAGUCAGUGCCUUUUUAAAAACUAUUUUAACAUAUGCACUUAAUGUUUCAGAUAAUUAAACAAUUUUUUCCCCUUUAGAGAUAUGGAUUUUAAAGGUUAUUGUACAUACUAAUGUCAUUAAUGUCAUUAUUUGCUUGAUAUAAUUUAAUUUAUAUCCAUUGCAAGAGAGCUGGGCUCCAUUUCUUAUUUUGGAAUGAAAUCACUAGCAUUGAUGAAAAACCCAUAAGAGACAGAUCCACCAUUUAACAAAAAAAAAGGGGUGGGGGGGGGGUGGGGUUGAAUUAUUUAUGUAAAAAGUAUGCCUAUCUUAUAUAAAUAUUAUAAAUUGUUAAAUAUUUAUUCCUGAAGACUCGCCCCUAAAAUUAAAACCACAAGUGCAGUUUUUCUUGAAAGUUUACUGAGAGUUUAUAGAGAGAAAUGUGAACAAGAAUGUCUUACAGUGAAGAUUGUAAAUAACAAAAUUAAACUAUAAGGGGAUUUUAAUAUUUUCAGCUCAAAAGUGUAUUUUUUUUUCUCUUUAUUAUUAAAGGGUAUUUAUAUAUAAAAAAAAAAUCAGGAUUAUCUAGGUUGACUGAUUGGUUUAUUUGUCUAAAAUAAACUAUCAGGCUAUAAUUAAUACUUGCUUUUGUUUUGUUGUCCGUAUUAUACAUAAGAAAAGAAAAUUGUUCAUCUAUAACUGUGUGAUAAUGAUCAAUAUUUUUUUGAGCCUGCAAUAAAGGCAGAGGAUUCUUUCUCAUUGCUUUCACUGCUAUUCCUUUAAGGACCUGCCAUCAAUGUUUAAUGUGUAUUGCUAUUACUUUGAGAUGCAAUGAUACUUGAAAUAUAACGUUUUGAUUAUAAUGAUAUCCACAUUAUGAGAGAGUAAAAAUGUGAUAUGUAACCCCCCCCCCUUUCUCCCUCCCUUUCCCUCGUACAGGACUAUUUUAAUUCCUGGCUCAGUUAAAUUUAAAACAAAAAAAAAUUACAUUGAGAUGCAAUGAUAAUUGAAAUAUAACUUUUUGAUUAUAAUGAUAUCCACAUUAUGAGAGAGUAAAAAUGUGAUAUGUAACCCCCCCCCCCUUUCUCCCUCCCUUUCCCUCGUACAGGACUAUUUUAAUUCCUGGCUCAGUUAAAUUUAAAACAAAAAAAAAUAUAUUUAUGUAAUUUUUCAAGUUGUUGACAGACAAGAACAUGUUACGCUGUAAAACAAUUUCUGUUAUGUUUUAUAUCAAUAUCACUGGUAAUAAUUUUUCAAAUAUAUAAUAGAAAUGAUUAUUUUAUUUACAAUAUUAAAAAA